GAUAUAGAAAAGAUGGCGGAUUAGUGUGUGCAUGGGUUCCGCUACGUGCCUCUCCUCUUCGGUAUUUAUUUGUUUAUUCCAAAAAGAAAAACACGUUUUCUUGAGCAGGUGAAAAUGAUGCGCCGGUCGAGAUUUAGUGUCCGGCCUAAUGUCAGCAUCGCAGGACGAACAUCAGCGUCAACACCCCAAGAAACCCCAACUACAGGUCAGGCGGCCACUGAAAACCCAAAAGAAGCUGAUGAGAGCAACAGUACCACCACUGUCACGGGCAACACAGAUGUGACCCCAUCAGAAAAGGCCCCAUGUCCAGGAAAUGGGAAUGACCAAAAUGGGGACAGCACCAGCUCAUCAGCAGCACUCCAGAGAAGGAAACGUUUUUCUGUCAAGCCUAAAGUGGCCCCCGGUCGCCCAUCCACCUCCCGAACUCCAAAAUCACCCAUCAAAGUAGUCAGUGAGACGACUGCUGAGGUCACUGGCUCGGACUCUGAUAAACCGUCAACAUCCAGCCAAGCUGGUACGACAGCAGCCCCUCCGGAACUUCAGUCCCCAAGGCGGCAACGACACUCUGAGGACAGCAAGCAAACCAAAAUACAAACUAAACUCACUCCCACGUCCUAUGAGAAUUCUUCUUCGGUGGAAUCGGCUGAAAGUUUACUUAAACAAACAGAUCAACCAACAGACGGUAGCAAGCAAACUGAAAACCUUUCAGGUGGUAAAGUCAAAGAAGUUUCUCUCAGACCACCAGAUAAAGUGCCACCCUCUCUGCCAGAUAGAGAAGCUACAGAAAUUUCAGAGAAAGCAAAGACUCUGGUGUCAUCCAAAAGUUUGGUGUCUCUGACACCAUCAGCCCUUUCCCUGAGCAGACUUCUAAACAGCCCAUCUGAUUUACAGAGGCUGGUUAAGGCCCAGAAACUCAGAGAGUUGCUCAGACAAGAGCGAUGGAAAGAAAAGAAACUCAAAAGGGCUAAGGCCUGCUCCAAGGAAUUUACGUUAGAUCCCACUAAAAUGACCAUGAGGGACCUAAUCCAUUAUCUUCCAACAUCAAAUCCCAUGACGAGCAGUUUAGAAGAAACUGCUCUGGAAAAUGAGACUGAGGUCCACUUUUCACCAGAAAGAAUGAGAUCCCCUGAACGAGCUCAGGAACCUGAGACCAGGAACCCUAUCAAAGUGAGCUCAAGGCAAGAGGAGGUGCAAGAGGAGGUGCAAGAGGAAGAGCAAGAGGAGGAGGUGGCAGCAGAUGGAGAAGAGGAAGACGAGGAGGCGCUCAUGGUUCCUCAGGUCAAAGUAGCAGAAGACGGCUCGUUAAUCAUUGAUGAAGAAAGCUUAACGGUGGAAGUCCUGCGAGCCAAAGGGCCGAACCCAGCUCAGGACCGAGAUCCCAUCUUUGAACGUGGUUCCACUACGACUUACUCAAGUUUCAGGAAAGCGACCUACACAAAACCCUGGUCUAUUGAAGAGACAGACAUGUUCUUCCUGGCAGUUAGCAUGGUUGGGACAGACUUUUCCAUGAUUUGUCAACUGUUUCCACACAGAGCUCGGUCUGAGAUUAAGAAUAAAUUCAAAAAAGAAGAGCGAGUUAAUUCCUGGAGGGUUGACAAAGCUUUCAGAGAGAGGCGUAAACUGGACAUUGAGUACUUUUCUAAGUUGCUAGAGAAAGUUUUGGAAGUUCAAAAAGACAAGAAAAAGCUCAGGUCACUUGCUCAGAAAAACACAUCCAAGAGGAACAAGAAUAAGGCCAAAGGAAAGAAUCUGAGUGAUGCCGAGAAGGAAGAUGAGAAUCAAAUACCGGACUUGGAGGGAGGAGAGAAAGAGAAUGAUGACCUGAGCAAUGAGGGAGGAAUUCCUGCUCCUGAGCCAAAGAGGAAACGAAAGAGGAAAAAUAAAUCAGAUGCCUUGAUUGAGGAACCAAGUGACAAGAAAAACAAAAAGGAUCCAAAGAGCAACAAGCAAAGUGAAGCCGAAGUACCUGAAGACUCUGAGGCAGCACUCCCUGAAGAUCACACAAAUCCAGACAUUUUUGAAAAGACUCAAAAUGUGAACGCAACCACAGACUCGGCUGUUCAGCCCGCCAAACUUUCAGGACGCAGAGCAGCCAAGUCAGUACUGCCAUUGGGUUUAAAUCCGGGAAAAAAGCGUCAGCCUUCCACUAAGGCCACAGAAGGUGUGCCUGGUAAAGAGGGCCAGAGCGGAAAUGAAGACGAUUCAUCUUUAGGUAAAGUCAGUAGGAGGAAUUCUGUUGGUGAUGACAUUACUUCUGAAGAAGAGGAUAUCACAGUUAAACCACAGAAACCAACCAGAUAUGGUAGAGUGCCUAAACCCACCCAUCCCUUAAAUUAUUCCUCUGAAGACGACCCGCCAUCAGCAUCUGAAACCACUUCAGCCUCACCUGUGGCCUCAAAGUCUAAAACCAAAACUAUAGGCAAGAGGGGCAACUCAUCCAAAUCACAAUCAGCCCUGAAGUCAAAAAAGCCCAAACUGGUCACCCUCAGAUCUUCCAAGUCGGACUUUAGUGGCGAUGAAGAUGAAGAUGGGCAAACGGACAACCUGCUAACAUACAGCUCAAGUAAAGAAAGUGGUUCCUCGCUGUUUGUCCCCACCAGCCUCCACACAUCAAAUCCUGAGAUCUCAGAAGUGGAUGAGUCGAUGGUGGAGCUUGAUAUCUUGGACAGUAUGCCUGAUGUGCUGGGCAUCUCCCAAGAUGCAAUGUGCCUUGAUUCAUCUUGUCAGCAGGCACAAGAUGAGACAGGCACUACUGAGCCAUGUGAACAUCAGUUGGACCUGCUGGUUGAUGUUAUAGAUCUUCUCUCCUCGGAACACACAGAAGAAGCUCAGGACGAGAGCUACAAUGAAGCUGCUCAGACCCUUUUGACCAUUGGUAAUCUGGCUCACAUCUCUCAGUCAGAGGAGAUCGAAACGCUUGUGCAGGAUAGCUUAACAGCUGAUGGGGAUGAACCCAGGCAGCUUGAGGAAGGACCACCGGAUCAGAUCGCCAUUCCCUCUGUGUCUGCAGAACUUACUCAGAAAGCCACAGAAACAUCAGAGACCGUUACCAGUGUGGAGCUAGAAAGCAGCGAAGCAGACAGUGGUGACACGUUUGGUGUUAAAUCCAAUGACCCAAUGAGCGACAAGCUGAUUGGUGAAACGGAACCAACGACUCAUUUACAGUCAAAUCCAGAGAACCCCAAUGAAAGUUCUCCACUAACCAAGCCAGGGCUCUUUCCUAAGGUAAAACCUAAACCAAACCUCAGCCGAACACCUAGAACUGCACAGUCAGUGUCAGAGACGUCAAAAGAAAGGGAAGCAGAAGAGGAGAGCCCAGCAGUUUCCCUCAACCUUUCUCAAACCAAUGAAACUGAAAAGAUAUCAGAGUCUGCUCCAGAAUUGUUUAAAGAUGACAUUAGUACUACUAAGAUGUUAGCUGAUCAGGAAGAAUCAGAUGUAAUAACAACAGAUUGUGGGUCUUUGACAAUCCAGAGUGACUGCUAUCCUGAAUCCCAGCCUGAACUUACCACAUUUACGAAAUCAGCAUCUGAAUCCACAGAUGAAACCCUUAGUGCCGAUGUCAGAACACAAAAGACAGUUUCUGAUAAACAUGCAGCCUCAGAAUCUUCAGUGAUGGAAACUGUAGAAGAUUCAUGCUCAAACUCAGCCCCCGUUCAAGAUGAGAGUGAAAAACUUCCCCCAUCAUCUGUGGAAGAUUUACCGGUCAGUCAGAAGGAAAAGAGUAAAGAUCUAACUCUGUGCAAACCUGGAAGGAGUAGACUGCCGAAAGUUAAGCCGAAGCCGAACCUACCACGAGCAUUAAAAUGUUCAAGGUCCAAACCUCAGACCACGGAAGGCAAUCCAGUUGAAGACUUGCAUUCAUGCCCAAACCCAGAGUUGGAGCCAGCAUCCACCAGAUCUCCUAUUUGUAACCCCAAAGAGGUGCAGCCACCAAAUGAAGAGAUGAACACACAUGUUGGAUUUGUUGAUCAAGCAUUAGAUGUAGCAUCAUCUGAUCAGACUGUCAGAGAAGGACAGAACUAUUCUGAAGUCCAGCUGGAGCCCAAAAUUGAUGAGACCAUCAGAGACACAGUUUCAGCCUCCACUUUCAUAGACAGAAACCUGAUGUCAAAAGCUGGAACAUCUGGAAGUAAUACAGAUGUGUUACCUCACAGUGUGGUCACUGAACCAGAAAUUAGAGCAGGACCACAUGUGAAAGGGGCCACAGCCGAAGAAGGAGGUGGCAGUCCUACUUUGGUUAUUGCACCUGAGGAAAAAUUAGCAGCCACUGAAGAAAAGGGGAAACUUCCAUCUGCUUGUCAUUUGAGGAAAACUCGCUCGCAAAAAAUGAAACCCAAACCAAACCUGCCACUGACAUCCAGAGCUGAGAAGUCUAAACCUCAAGCUACAAAAGAGCAAGUAGAAAAAGACUCAAGCGCACAUCCAGAGUUCCAGAAAACGACAGUAGCAGAGGCAGAACCAACACCAGCAUGCACCGCCCUCCCCGAAAAACAGAGUGAAAGCGCCCAUCCCAGUUCUGCUGUGAAGCCCUCUAUUCUUACAAUAGAAGAGCUUCCUCUAAAGGAAGAGACACAAACAUCUACUGGGAUUUUUGUUCAGGUGGAGCAUAAACAGGCAGCAGCGUCAGACCAGAACACCAUGAGAAACCAGACGUGCUCUGAAGUCCUGCUUGAGUCCUGUAAAGAGGAGACAACCAGAUGUUCUGGGUCAGCAGAUCAAAACCUAAUACCGCAUGCUGGGACAGAUGAGAGGAGUUUUAAUAAUGAAGGGAGGGGUGAAGAACAGACACGUUCUGGAGGUGUUUGUCAGAUGGAGGUGGAUAGAGCAACAUCAAAUCCUAAUGUGUCAGAAAAGCCUGGCAGAGAAGACCCCCCUUCAGACAAAGUAUCAGUGUCUGACAUUGGACAUGAAACUGUGACAUCACACGAAGUAAUAAGUGAAAGUUGUGGAGAGCUAGCAGCCACAGACUUACAGGUUGGACAAGGGUUGAAUGUAGAUUCAGCUACAACCGAAGAAGACCGUGGCAAUCCUGCUUUGAUCGUUAAACCUGUGGAGAAAAUACAAGUACAUCAAGAACACACUGAAGCUUCUGCAGCCUGUCAGUUAAGGAAAGGUCGAUUACCGAAAAUUAAACCCAAACCACAGCUACGACAGACAAGAGCUGCCCGGCCCAAAUCUCAAACCAUAAAGGAACCAGACGAGAAAGACUCCAGUUUUCAUCCAAAUCCCGAAUUUGGCAAAAAAAUUGUGGCAGUGGUUGAACAACAACCAGAAUGCAACCCCUCUCCUGAAAUACAGAGUCAAAGCACUAACGAGGGACUCAUUGGAAAGAUCAACGUCGUUGCAACAGAUCAGAGUGCCAAAGAAGUCCAGCCAGCACUCACUGAUGGUCCGGUCAGCACCGAGCUCCCAGAUGAAAACCUAAUGACUACCGUUGGGACAGAAAGUACUUUGAAUAAUGUCAGGACAACCAACUCAGCAUUAACAGAAUCUCAAGUUGGGCAUGGGUCAAAUGUUAGUUUGGCUCCAGUCCAAGAGAGAAAUGACCAGCCAGCUGCACCUGCCACGUUUUCAGAUCCGUUACCAGCAAGUAAAAAGGACGACGCCGUGGCACCGACUAGUCAGUCAGGGAGGAGUGGAUCUCUAAAGCCUGAGCCGAGAUCUGAACCGGAAUUGAAAAAAGGCUCCAUCACACUUUUACAGCUGGUGGACAUACCUCAAAGCUCUGUGGAAGAAGCAGAGACAGAGCCAACAUGCAGUGCUGCCCCUCCCGAAAGGUCGAGGCAAAAUAAAAGUUCUGAUCUCGCUUCAGAUCCAGAUCCAUCGCUGGAUUUGGCCUCUACUCGUACACGUUCAAAAGGACUAUUGAAGGCUGAAGAACAGUUAAUCAAAGACGCUGGCUGUGAACAAGUCUUAAGUCCUACUUGUUCAAAACAAGCUAUCCCUCAGAGGAGGCAGCGGUUUCCUAAAGGCAAACCCAAACCCAAUUUAGGAUCACCCAGUAGAAUUGCCAUCAGGAAACCUAAGCCAGAAGCUCACAACACGCUUUCAGAAGAACAACCAAUGGAAACAUCUGAUGGAACAACAGAUGGAACAGUCGAAAAAUCAUCUGGAGACCUAAUGUCUAUAAAUCCCCCAUCAGAGACAGAUCAUUCUUCACUCAGGGAUUACAAAGUGGACCGUACUAGUACUAAAACUGUGACGGCAUCAACUAACCAACUAACAACUGAUCCGGCUGCAGCUUCAGAUUUGAAGGUGUCAAUCCAAGUUGGUUCCACUGAGGCAGAAACACAUUCUGUCUCAGCUGCUGAUACCAGCCCAGUGCAUGCAGAGAAAGACUGUUCUGUCCAAGACACGGAUCAUACAGCUGACCCUUUUGAGACUUCAAUAAAAGCUCCUCAAAAAUCAAGAGGCAGGCCUUUAAGACCUAAACCCAACCUGAAAUGCAGCACUCGUCCUCCACAGCGUCCCCCAGUACAGAACAUAACGCCAUCGGGAGCAGAUUCAGGAAGUUGCUCGCAGGUUGAAGAAGCAUCUAUUGAUGAGAAAACUGUAAUUGAUAAUGAGACAGCAGAGAGAUUUAUUGAUAAACCAAGCAACUCUGACUUCAGUUCAAAUAAUGCUCCGUCCUCUCCCGGUUGUGUAGCCCAGCUGUCUCCUAUCCUGAAUGCACCAAUGUCCAGUACUGAGGAGAGCCAAAGAUAUUCUCUUUUAUCAGAAGUUCUGCCAGAGAAGGUGCCUUCAGAUCCCGAGGAGCCAUUUUUUAUUCUCUCCCUGACCGAGAUCCCGGUCUGUUCAUCUGGGGAAGUGCUGGACACCAGAGCUGAACACCUGCCUAGUCAGCCAGUAAGCGAUGCAUCAAUCCAGCAUCCGAGCGUUUCCGGAGAGAGUUCAGCAUCAGGACACGGACCUCUGCCUUAUGCCACCAAGCCCGUGAGCACAAAGGAGAGCAUGGUGACGAGCGUGAUCGAUAAACAAGACAUUGGUUCAGAACCAGCUGCGAGUGAAGGAUCAAGGAGCGAUGUGUGUUUGCAGGAGGAUACAGCGAAUCCACAAGAGGCUUUAGAAAGUAGUGGCGCUGAAAUUUUGCCCUCAAAGCAGAGACCAAUAGACAGUGCGAGAAAAGACACACUGAGGAGGCGGAAGAAACCUGCCACUUCUGCUCCCAUUGAAGCGGAAGAGGUCCCCAACCCAAAAAGCAGCAGUCAGGACUGUGAGCACCCUGAGCCUCCUGCGCAGCCAAAAGCCUUUGAUGAGAGAAGUGAUCAGGAGAAGCCAGCUGGUGGAAAGAAUCCUGACAGCCGCUCAGAAUCAAAGCCUGCACAAAGUGCUGAGUGUAAAAAGAGAAGAAAUGCUAAAGCAGUGUCUAAGAGAGCAAAGAUGAAAAGUCCAUUUAAAACAGGGAAAAAACCUUCCGAGCUCGCUGACUCUGCCUCACAUGACGUUGCUCCCACACAAAGUGUUACUCAGCCACCAAAGGAAUCCCAUUCAGCAGCUCUUACAUCACCAGCUCCUUUAGAGGUCGACAUCAGCCCAACUUCUGACUGCUUUCAUCCAACUCCACGCACUUCACACCACAAAGCUGAGGCUUCGGCUUCCCAGGAAGGCGACUGUGUGGAGAGCUUUUUUGUGGAGGAGCCCACCAAUGUGUCUCAGUACUUCUUAAGUGACAUUUUCACUGAGGUGGACGAGGGAUAACAGCUAAAAGCUUUUGGCUUUUUAGAUAUUCUCUUUUAAUAGUUAGGUCUGAUUAUUUAUGACUGAAUUAUGCAUUUUUCUCUCUGUGCAUUGCAAUGAUUUACUUUAGUGUUGGAUGCAAUUUCACUCUCAUGUACAGUAGCUUCAGUCCUCUGAAAUAUGUUUUUUAAAAAUUUAACUGACUGAAAUAUGUUAUUGAAGCAGCUUGAACAAAAAAGCAACUAUUAAGACUGCAGAGGUGACAAAGCUAAAUGUUUAACAAGCUUCGUUUUAAUAAAUAGCUGUGAAAAUGUAAAUAUUGUAAAAUGAUAAUGGUUUUGAUUUGUUUUGUUUGUUUUGGUCGUAGUUGUCCGAUCUUCAGACCACAGCAUUAGUCUUACAAAGUGAUCCAUGACAUGGUAACUUGGCAUCAUGUACAUUUUUUAUAAAUACAAAGAUACACACACACGUACACGUGUAUAUAAAUAUGUCUUCUGUGUACCUCAUUUUCAUUUUGUAUUUAGUAAAUCAGUCUCCCACUCAAGGGGUUUGCAUUCUUGUUGAACUGUUUAUUGAUGACCUGUUGAGCAUUAAAGAGAGUACCAUGAACAGCUCUGCACUAUUUUCACUGUGGUGUUUACUGGGAGGGAGGGUACAUAUUAGAUGUUAUCUCACUUUUAUACUGGCAAC